UAAAGACGAGGCGCGGGCGGCAUCCUGCGGUGAAGUCGAAGGUCUCGCGGAGACCAAAACGUAUUAUCGCGAUAGUUCUGACCGCGCAUGCGAGAGCCGGCGGCGGUAGAGUGGCUCCGCCCCUUGGCUCUCCGUGAGUUUGUGCGUCAUUUGCUUUUUGCUUCGCGUAGGGUGAGAGCUGAGCCGUAGCGACUUCAGCUUUGGUGGGAGGAGGGGUCUGUGAAGGGCUGGGCUCAGGCUGUUCCCGUCGGGUAGAGGUUCUCGCGGGAUCACGCGGAGGCGGCUGCGGUUCGGCUACAGACUGCAGUAGCCGCGGAGGCGGCGGCAGCGUCUUCGGCUCAUGCUGUUCCUAGCCGGUCCUCCAGUAGUCUGACCUGAGUGGGUUAGCACUCCAGAGGAACCAGCAGACCAACUUGGUCAGGAAGGUUCAGGAAGCUGUUGGAGCAGUGUUGAGAUUUCCUACCAGGAUGAGUAUGAUUGGCUGUGAUUUUAGAUCAUAAAACAGAAAAUCGAAAACAUGAAAGUAGACAGGACUAAACUGAAAAAGACACCUACUGAGGCUCCUGCAGACUGCAGAGCCUUAAUAGACAAACUCAAAGUUUGUAAUGAUGAGCAGCUCCUCUUGGAACUGCAGCAGAUCAAAACAUGGAACAUUGGAAAGUGCGAGUUAUAUCACUGGGUGGAUCUGUUGGACCGCUUUGAUGGAAUUCUGGCAGACGCUGGACAGACAGUGGAGAAUAUGUCAUGGAUGCUCGUGUGUGAUAGGCCAGAAAGAGAACAACUGAAGAUGCUUCUCUUGGCUGUGUUGAACUUCACAGCCUUGCUCAUUGAGUACAGCUUUUCCCGGCAUCUGUAUAGUUCCAUAGAGCAUUUGACAACUUUAUUGGCUUCUUCUGAUAUGCAAGUGGUGCUGGCAGUCCUCAACCUUCUGUACGUAUUUAGCAAAAGAUCAAAUUAUAUCACACGCCUUGGAUCUGACAAGAGAACCCCACUGCUAACCCGGCUGCAGCAUUUGGCAGAGAGCUGGGGUGGAAAGGAGAAUGGCUUUGGACUUGCAGAAUGUUGCAGAGACUUGCAUAUGAUGAAAUACCCACCCAGUGCAACUACACUACACUUUGAAUUCUAUGCAGACCCUGGGGCCGAGGUCAAAAUCGAGAGAAGGACAUCUAGUAACACACUACAUUAUAUUCACAUAGAGCAACUUGACAAGAUUUCAGAAAGCCCUUCUGAAAUCAUGGAAUCUCUUACCAAAAUGUACAGCAUUCCUAAGGAUAAGCAGAUGCUGUUAUUUACACACAUACGGCUGGCCCAUGGCUUUUCUAAUCACAGGAAGCGAUUGCAAGCUGUUCAGGCCAGGCUGCAUGCAAUAUCUAUAUUAGUGUAUUCCAACGCCUUGCAGGAGUCCGCAAACAGUAUCUUGUAUAAUGGGUUGAUAGAAGAGUUGGUAGAUGUCCUUCAAAUAACAGAUAAGCAGCUUAUGGAGAUUAAAGCUGCUUCUUUACGAACAUUAACAUCAAUUGUCCACCUGGAGAGAACUCCCAAGCUCAGCAGUAUUAUUGACUGUACUGGAACUGCCUCCUACCAUGGAUUUUUGCCUGUACUUGUGCGGAACUGUAUCCAGGCCAUGAUUGAUCCUUCCAUGGAUCCAUACCCUCACCAGUUUGCCACUGCUCUCUUCUCUUUUUUAUAUCAUCUGGCCAGCUACGAUGCUGGUGGCGAAGCCUUGGUCUCCUGUGGAAUGAUGGAAGCCUUAUUGAAGGUCAUAAAGUUUCUUGGUGAUGAACAGGACCAGAUAACAUUUGUCACCAGAGCUGUCAGAGUGGUUGACCUCAUCACCAAUCUGGACAUGGCAGCUUUUCAAUCCCAUAGUGGACUUUCUAUCUUCAUUUAUAGACUUGAGCAUGAAGUGGAUUUGUGCCGAAAAGAAUGUCCUUUUGUGAUCAAGCCAAAGAUCCAGAGACCCAGUACUACACAAGAAGGAGAAGAAAUGGAAACUGAUAUGGAUGUUGCAGAUGUGACUAUGGAAAGUAGUCCCGGCUCAUCCAUCCCUAUGGAGCACCGGCUGGAUGUUGAAUUAAGGGCAUCAAGUUCCAGCAGCACUAGCAUCUCCUCUGGCCCUGGCCCUCGUCCUGGAGUCCAGUGUAUUCCACAACGAGCCGCACUUCUGAAAUCCAUGUUGAAUUUCCUCAAGAAGGCCAUUCAAGACCCUGCUUUCUCAGAUGGCAUACGACAUGUGAUGGAUGGUUCUCUGCCUACCUCUCUGAAACACAUCAUCAGCAAUGCAGAAUAUUAUGGCCCAUCACUUUUUCUCCUAGCUACUGAAGUGGUGACUGUGUUUGUAUUUCAAGAACCAUCACUGCUCUCCUCACUCCAGGACAAUGGAUUGACAGAUGUCAUGCUGCAUGCACUGCUGAUCAAAGACGUUCCUGCUACCCGUGAAGUCCUUGGCUCCCUCCCAAAUGUAUUCAGUGCACUCUGCUUGAAUGCCCGAGGUCUUCAGUCAUUUGUACAGUGUCAGCCUUUUGAACGUCUCUUCAAAGUUCUUCUGUCUCCAGAUUACCUCCCAGCCAUGCGGAGGAGGAGGAGUUCUGAUCCUCUAGGGGAUACUGCCUCCAACCUCGGGAGUGCUGUUGAUGAGCUCAUGAGACAUCAGCCAACCCUCAAAACAGAUGCAACGACUGCGAUCAUCAAGUUACUUGAAGAAAUCUGUAACCUUGGAAGAGACCCUAAAUACAUCUGUCAGAAGCCAUCAAUCCAGAAGGCAGAUGGCACUGCCACUGCUCCUCCCCCAAGAUCUAAUCAUGCUGCAGAAGAGGCCUCUAGUGAGGAUGAGGAGGAAGAGGAAGUACAGGCCAUGCAGAGCUUUAAUUCUACCCAGCAGAAUGAAACUGAGCCUAAUCAGCAGGUUGUUGGUACAGAGGAACGUAUUCCUAUUCCCCUCAUGGAUUACAUCCUUAAUGUGAUGAAAUUUGUGGAAUCUAUUCUGAGCAACAAUACAACCGAUGACCACUGCCAGGAAUUUGUGAAUCAGAAAGGACUCUUGCCUUUGGUUACCAUUUUGGGUCUUCCCAAUCUGCCCAUUGACUUUCCCACAUCUGCAGCCUGUCAGGCUGUUGCAGGUGUCUGCAAAUCCAUAUUGACACUGUCACAUGAACCCAAAGUCCUUCAGGAGGGUCUCCUUCAGUUGGACUCCAUUCUUUCCUCCUUGGAGCCCUUACACCGCCCAAUAGAAUCCCCUGGGGGCUCAGUGUUGUUGCGAGAACUGGCUUGUGCUGGCAAUGUCGCUGAUGCUACCCUCUCAGCUCAAGCCACACCUCUACUGCAUGCGCUCACUGCUGCCCACGCCUACAUCAUGAUGUUUGUUCAUACUUGUAGAGUUGGACAGAGUGAAAUUCGUUCCAUCUCCGUAAACCAGUGGGGCUCUCAGUUGGGUCUGAGUGUUCUGAGCAAGCUGAGCCAGUUAUACUGUUCCCUGGUGUGGGAAAGCACUGUCCUUCUCUCCCUGUGUACCCCAAACAGCCUGCCAUCUGGGUGUGAAUUUGGUCAGGCGGACAUGCAGAAACUGGUUCCAAAGGAUGAGAAGGCAGGUACGACCCAGGGCGGAAAAAGAUCAGAUGGGGAACAGGAUGGAACCACUGGAAGUAUGGAUGCUUCUACCCAGGGCUUGUUGGAAGGCAUUGGGCUUGAUGGUGACACGCUGGCUCCUAUGGAGACAGAUGAACCUACUGCUUCAGACUCUAAGGGCAAAUCUAAAAUUACACCUGCCAUGGCUGCCAGAAUCAAGCAAAUCAAGCCGUUAUUGUCAGCUUCCUCUAGAUUAGGCAGAGCACUGGCUGAGCUAUUUGGACUCCUUGUUAAACUUUGUGUGGGGUCUCCUGUCCGCCAGAGAAGGAGCCAUCAUGCUGCCAGCACCACCACAGCACCAACACCCGCUGCUCGAUCAACGGCCUCAGCUCUCACUAAGCUCCUCACAAAGGGCUUAUCUUGGCAGCCUCCACCAUAUACACCUACUCCACGCUUCAGGCUGACAUUCUUCAUCUGUUCAGUUGGUUUUACAUCCCCAAUGCUGUUCGAUGAGAGGAAGUAUCCCUACCACCUCAUGCUGCAGAAGUUUCUCUGCUCUGGAGGCCACAAUGCUCUUUUUGAAACAUUCAAUUGGGCUCUGUCCAUGGGAGGCAAAGUUCCUGUUGCAGAGGGAUUAGAACAUUCAGACUUACCUGAUGGCACAGGAGAAUUCCUAGAUGCCUGGCUAAUGCUGGUGGAAAAGAUGGUGAAUCCCACCACGGUGCUUGAAUCUCCACAUUCACUGCCUGCCAAAUUGCCUGGAGGUGUUCAGAACUUUCCACAAUUCAGUGCCCUCCGCUUCCUUGUGGUAACUCAGAAAGCAGCCUUUACUUGCAUCAAGAACCUGUGGAACCGGAAACCCUUGAAGGUGUAUGGUGGGCGAAUGGCUGAGUCCAUGCUGGCCAUCCUGUGCCACAUCCUCCGAGGAGAACCUGUCAUUCGAGAGAGACUGAGCAAAGAGAAGGAGGGGUCUCGAGGAGAAGAGGAUACAGGACAAGAGGAAGGUGGCUCCCGCCGGGAACCUCAAGUCAACCAGCAACAACUACAACAGCUCAUGGACAUGGGCUUCACAAGGGAACAUGCCAUGGAGGCCCUGUUGAACACCAGCACCAUGGAGCAGGCCACAGAGUACCUUCUAACCCACCCUCCCCCGAUCAUGGGAGGAGUUGUUCGGGAUCUGAGUAUGUCUGAAGAGGACCAGAUGAUGAGAGCAAUUGCCAUGUCUCUGGGACAGGAUAUCCCAAUGGAUCAAAGGGCAGAGUCACCUGAGGAAGUUGCUUGCCGGAAGGAGGAGGAGGAACGGAAAGCUCGGGAAAAGCAGGAAGAGGAAGAGGCUAAAUGUCUAGAGAAGUUCCAGGAUGCUGAUCCAUUGGAGCAAGAUGAACUCCACACUUUCACAGAUACCAUGUUGCCAGGCUGCUUUCACCUUCUUGAUGAGCUCCCAGACACAGUGUACCGGGUGUGUGAUCUGAUCAUGACAGCAAUCAAACGUAAUGGAGCAGACUAUCGAGACAUGAUUCUGAAGCAAGUAGUCAAUCAGGUGUGGGAAGCUGCUGAUGUAUUGAUCAAGGCCGCUCUUCCCCUGACAACGAGUGACACAAAAACUGUGUCAGAGUGGAUCAGUCAGAUGGCCACCCUGCCCCAGGCCUCCAAUUUGGCUACUAGAAUCUUGCUUUUAACACUGCUUUUUGAGGAGUUGAAGCUACCUUGUGCUUGGGUGGUUGAAUCUAGUGGCAUCCUUAAUGUCCUAAUCAAACUCUUGGAAGUGGUUCAGCCCUGCCUACAGGCCGCCAAGGAACAAAAGGAGGUCCAGACCCCAAAGUGGAUCACCCCAGUGUUGCUUCUGAUUGAUUUCUAUGAAAAGACAGCCAUCUCCUCAAAAAGGAGAGCCCAAAUGACUAAGUACCUACAGUCCAACAACAACAACUGGCGCUGGUUUGAUGACCGCUCUGGACGUUGGUGUAGUUACAGUGCAAGCAACAAUAGCACUAUUGAUUCCGCCUGGAAAUCUGGAGAGACAAGUGUGCGUUUCACAGCAGGCCGAAGAAGAUACACUGUCCAGUUCACUACAAUGGUGCAGGUUAAUGAGGAAACAGGGAACCGGCGCCCGGUGAUGCUGACACUCCUGAGGGUACCACGGCUGAAUAAAAAUUCUAAAAACAGCAAUGGACAAGAACUAGAGAAGACAUUGGAAGAAAGCAAAGAAAUGGAUAUCAAACGUAAAGAAAAUAAAGCCAAUGAUACCCCCUUGGCCCUAGACAGUACAAAUACUGAAAAGGAGACAAGCCUGGAAGAAACAAAAAUUGGGGAGAUCCUGAUCCAGGGCCUGACAGAGGAUAUGGUGACUGUUUUAAUCCGGGCCUGUGUGAGCAUGCUAGGGGUCCCUGUGGACCCAGACACUUUGCAUGCCACCCUUCGCCUCUGCCUGAGGCUCACCCGAGACCACAAAUAUGCCAUGAUGUUUGCAGAGCUGAAGAGUACCCGCAUGAUCUUGAAUUUGACCCAGAGUUCAGGCUUCAAUGGGUUUACUCCCCUGGUCACCCUUCUCUUAAGACACAUUAUUGAGGACCCCUGCACCCUCCGCCAUACCAUGGAAAAGGUUGUUCGCUCAGCAGCUACAAGUGGAGCUGGUAGCACUACCUCUGGUGUUGUAUCUGGCAGCCUCGGCUCUCGGGAGAUCAACUACAUCCUUCGUGUCCUUGGGCCAGCCGCAUGCCGCAAUCCAGACAUUUUCACAGAAGUGGCCAACUGCUGUAUCCGCAUUGCCCUUCCAGCCCCUCGAGGCUCAGGAACUGCUUCAGAUGAUGAAUUUGAGAAUCUUAGAAUUAAAGGCCCUAAUGCCGUACAGCUGGUGAAGACAACCCCUUUGAAGCCCUCACCUCUGCCUGUCAUUCCUGAUACUAUCAAGGAAGUGAUCUAUGACAUGCUAAAUGCCUUGGCUGCAUACCAUGCUCCAGAGGAAGCAGACAAAUCUGAUCCUAAACCUGGGGGUAUGACUCAAGAGGUUGGCCAGCUCCUGCAAGACAUGGGUGAUGAUGUAUACCAGCAGUACCGGUCACUUACCCGUCAGAGCAGUGACUUUGACACACAGCCAGGAUUUUCCAUUAAUAGUCAGGUCUUUGCUGCAGAUGGUGCCUCCACUGAGACUUCCACAUCUGGGACAGCCCAAGGAGAAGCUUCAACUCCGGAGGAGUCUCGGGAUGGGAAGAAAGAUAAAGAAGGGGACCGGGCGUCUGAGGAAGGCAAGCAGAAAGGCAAGGGCAGCAAACCGUUAAUGCCCACCUCCACUAUUCUUCGGCUUCUGGCAGAGUUGGUGAGAUCCUACGUUGGUAUUGCUACCCUGAUUGCCAACUACAGCUAUACUGUGGGCCAGUCUGAGCUGAUCAAAGAGGACUGCAGUGUGCUAGCUUUUGUCCUGGACCACCUCCUCCCACAUACCCAGAAUGCAGAAGACAAGGAUACACCUGCCCUGGCCCGCCUAUUCCUCGCAAGCCUGGCUGCCGCAGGGAGUGGCACAGAUGCCCAGGUGGCCCUUGUGAAUGAAGUAAAAGCAGCCCUGGGAAGGGCACUGGCUAUGGCUGAGAGUACAGAGAAACAUGCCAGGCUUCAGGCAGUGAUGUGUAUCAUCAGUACUAUCAUGGAGUCCUGCCCCUCCACCUCCAGUUUCUACAGCAGUGCAACAGCCAAGACCCAACACAAUGGCAUGAACAACAUCAUUCGACUCUUCCUGAAGAAGGGACUGGUUAAUGACCUGGCCAGAGUGCCUCACAGCCUGGACCUGUCCAGUCCCAACAUGGCCAACACAGUCAAUGCUGCUCUGAAGCCUUUGGAAACACUUUCCCGGAUUGUGAACCAGCCCAGUAGCCUUUUUGGCAGCAAGAGUGCUUCUAGCAAGAGCAAGUCUGAGCAGGAUGCCCAAGGAGCUGCUCAGGACUCUAAUAGCAACCAACAGGAUCCAGGCGAGCCUGGGGAAGCAGAAGUGCAGGAGGAGGAUCAUGAUGUCACUCAGACAGAGGUGGCAGAUGGGGAUAUCAUGGAUGGGGAGGCUGAAACCGACUCAGUGGUGAUUGCUGGGCAGCCUGAGGUGCUCAGUUCACAAGAGAUGCAGGUUGAGAAUGAGCUGGAGGACCUGAUAGAUGAGUUGCUUGAGAGGGAUGGCGGAUCUGGGAACAGUACAAUUAUAGUGAGCAGAAGUGGAGAGGAUGAAUCACAAGAGGACGUGCUGAUGGAUGAAGCUCCUUCCAACCUCAGCCAAGCUUCCACCUUGCAGGCCAACCGAGAAGAUUCCAUGAAUAUCCUGGACCCUGAGGAUGAGGAGGAGCACACUCAGGAAGAGGACAGCAGUGGCAGUAACGAGGAUGAGGAUGAUAGUCAGGAUGAAGAGGAGGAGGAGGAGGAAGAUGAGGAAGAUGAUCAGGAGGAUGAUGAAGGUGAAGAGGGAGAUGAAGACGAUGACGACGAUGGCUCUGAAAUGGAAUUGGAUGAGGAUUACCCUGAUAUGAACGCUUCUCCCUUGGUCCGAUUUGAGCGCUUUGACCGGGAGGAUGAUCUCAUCAUUGAGUUUGACAACAUGUUCUCCAGUGCUACAGACAUCCCCCCAUCCCCAGGAAAUAUCCCUACCACCCACCCACUGAUGGUACGCCAUGCAGACCACAGUUCCCUGACGCUGGGCAGUGGCUCUUCUACAACGCGUCUCACCCAGGGCAUUGGGCGCAGUCAGAGGACCCUGAGGCAGCUGACGGCCAACACAGGCCACACCAUUCACGUUCACUACCCUGGGAAUCGUCAGCCCAAUCCUCCUCUUAUACUCCAGAGGUUGCUUGGUCCCUCUGCUGCUGCUGACAUCCUUCAGCUGAGCAGCAGCCUUCCCCUACAAAGCCGAGGCCGGGCCCGCCUCCUAGUGGGCAACGAUGACGUCCACAUCAUCGCCCGGUCUGACGAUGAACUACUGGAUGACUUUUUCCAUGAUCAGAGUACAGCUACCAGCCAAGCAGGGACCCUGUCCAGCAUCCCCACAGCCCUGACCCGUUGGACAGAGGAAUGCAAAGUUCUUGAUGCUGAGAGCAUGCAUGACUGUGUUUCAGUUGUUAAAGUGCCCAUUGUCAAUCACCUGGAAUUCCUGAGGGAUGAGGAGCUGGAAGAAAGGCGGGAGAAACGCAGGAAACAACUAGCUGAGGAAGAAACAAAGAUAACCGACAAAGGCAAAGAAGAUAAGGAGAACAGGGAUCAGAGUGCACAGUGUACUACAUCUAAGACAAAUGACUCCACUGAACAGAACCUCUCAGGUAACUCUCCCUCCCUUUUCCCCUUCUUGCUAAUUGAUUGGUUUUUUAUCCUGACCCAAAUAGCUGGCCCAAGUGGGCUGAAGAUGAACACUGGUGCUCUGUGGGAUGAGGUAGUAGAUUGUAUAGUUUUAGGGUCAUACCCCAUCUUGGAGAUAACUAUACAGUCUACUGUCUUUCCCACGGUGGUGCACUUUCCCUCCGAUAGCAGAGAUCUAACCUCUCCAUGUGACUUCCUCCUAGCCUCUCUUUCCCCAGAGAGAGCUGAAGAUUCUGAUGCUCUGACAGCUGUCAGCAGUCAACUGGAAGGCUCUCCCAUGGACACCAGCAGCCUGGCUUCCUGCACCCUGGAGGAAGCUGUGGGUGACACCUCAGCACCUGGCAGUUCUGAGCAGCCCACAGCAGGCAGCUCCACUCCUGGGGAUGCCCCACCAGUUGUGACAGAAGUGCAAGGCAGGAGUGAUGGGUCAGGGGAACCUACCCAGCCCCCUGAGGACAGCUCUACUCCUGCAUCCUCUGAGAGUUCUUCCACCAGAGAUUCUGCCGUGGCCAUUUCUGGAGCAGAUUCCCGGGGAAUCCUAGAAGAACCACUGCCUUCAACAAGCAGUGAAGAAGAAGAUCCUCUAGCAGGUAUUAGUCUUCCCGAAGGCGUGGACCCCUCUUUUCUGGCCGCUCUCCCUGAUGACAUUCGCCGAGAAGUUCUACAGAACCAGCUGGGCAUUCGUCCACCAACGCGGACUGCCCCCUCGACAAAUAGCUCAGCUCCUGCAGUGGUGGGGAAUCCUGGUGUGACCGAAGUGAGCCCUGAGUUCCUGGCUGCCCUGCCUCCAGCCAUCCAGGAGGAAGUACUGGCACAGCAGAGAGCUGAGCAACAGCGACGGGAACUGGCACAGAAUGCCAGCUCAGACACCCCCAUGGACCCUGUGACCUUCAUCCAGACUCUGCCCUCAGACCUGCGCCGUAGUGUCCUAGAGGACAUGGAGGACAGCGUGUUGGCCGUGAUGCCACCUGACAUUGCAGCUGAGGCUCAAGCCCUGAGGCGAGAGCAAGAAGCCCGGCAGAGGCAGCUCAUGCAUGAGCGGCUUUUUGGGCACAGCAGCACCUCUGCACUCUCUGCCAUUCUUCGAAGCCCGGCCUUCACCAGUCGCCUGAGUGGCAACCGUGGGGUCCAAUACACUCGGCUUGCCGUGCAGAGAGGCGGCACCUUCCAGAUGGGGGGUAGCAGCAGCCAUAAUAGGCCUUCUGGCAGUAAUGUGGACACUCUCCUACGCCUCCGAGGACGGCUCCUCCUGGAUCACGAAGCCCUCUCUUGUCUCCUGGUCCUACUUUUUGUGGAUGAGCCAAAGCUCAAUACUAGCCGUCUACAUCGAGUACUGAGAAAUCUCUGCUACCAUGCCCAGACCCGCCACUGGGUCAUCCGAAGCCUGCUCUCCAUCUUGCAGCGCAGCAGUGAGAGUGAGCUUUGCAUUGAAACACCCAGGCUCUCCUCAAGUGAGGAAAAGGGCAAAAAGUCAAGCAAGAGCUGCGGGUCAAGCAGCCAUGAGAACCGGCCCCUGGACCUGCUACACAAGAUGGAGUCUAAGAGCUCCAACCAGCUUUCCUGGCUCUCAGUAUCCAUGGAUGCAGCCCUAGGCUGCAGGACUAAUAUAUUCCAGAUCCAGCGUUCAGGGGGGCGCAAACAUACUGAGAAGCAUGCAAGUAGUGGCUCCACUGUCCACAUCCACCCCCAGGCUGCUCCUGUUGUCUGCAGACACGUUCUGGAUACACUCAUUCAAUUAGCCAAGGUGUUUCCCAGCCACUUCACACAGCAGCGGACCAAAGAAACAAACUGUGAGAGUGAUCGGGAGAGGGGCAGUAAGCAGGCCUGCAGCCCAUGCUCUUCACAGUCCACGAGCAGUGGCAUUUGCACAGACUUCUGGGACUUACUGGUAAAACUGGACAACAUGAAUGUCAGCCGGAAAGGCAAGAACUCCGUGAAGUCAGUGCCAGUGAGCGCUGGUGGUGAGGGGGAAACUUCCCCAUACAGCCUCGAGGCCUCUCCACUGGGGCAGCUCAUGAACAUGUUGUCACACCCAGUCAUCCGCCGGAGCUCUCUCUUAACUGAGAAGCUCCUCAGACUCCUUUCUCUCAUAUCAAUUGCUCUCCCAGAAAACAAAGUGUCGGAAGCACAGGCUAAUUCUGGCAACAGUGCUUCCUCCACCACUGCUGCCACCUCAACCACAUCUACCACCACUACCACUGCUGCCUCCAGCACACCCACUCCCCCUGCUGCAACCACCCCUGUCACUUCUGUUCCGUCCCUGGUUGCUGCCACGACUAUAUCCACCAUUGCUGUAGCCGCUUCAACCACAGUGACUACCCCCACGACUUCUACCACUACUGUUUCAACUUCUACUACUACUAAGGCCAGCAAAUCUCCAGCGAAGGUGGGUGAUAUCGGCAGCAGCACAGACUUUAAGAUGGUAUCCUCUGGCCUCACUGAAAAUCAGCUCCAGCUCUCUGUGGAGGUGUUGACAUCCCAUUCUUGUUCUGAAGAAGGCCUAGAGGAUGCAGCCAAUGUGUUACUGCAGCUCUCUCGGGGGGACCCUGGGACCCGGGACACUGUUUUGAAGCUGCUACUGAAUGGAGCCCGCCAUCUGGGUUAUACCCUUUGUAAACAGAUAGGAACCCUUCUGGCUGAACUACGGGAAUACAAUCUGGAACAGCAGCGGCGAGCCCAGUGUGAGACCCUCUCCCCUGAUGGCCUGCCUGAGGAGCAGCCACAGACCACCAAGCUGAAAGGCAAAAUGCAGAGCAGGUUUGACAUGGCUGAGAAUGUGGUAAUCGUGGCAUCUCAGAAGCGACCUCUGGGUGGCCGGGAGCUCCAGUUGCCUUCUAUGUCCAUGUUGACAUCCAAGACAUCUACCCAGAAGUUCUUCUUGAGGGUACUGCAGGUCAUCAUCCAGCUCCGGGACGACACACGCCGAGCUAACAAGAAAGCCAAGCAGACAGGCAGGCUAGGUUCUUCCGGUUUAGGCUCAGCUAGCAGCAUCCAGGCAGCUGUUCGGCAGCUGGAGGCUGAGGCUGAUGCCAUUAUACAAAUGGUACGUGAGGGUCAAAGGGCGCGGAGACAGCAACAAGCAGCAACGUCGGAGUCAAGCCAGUCAGAGGCAUCUGUCCGAAGGGAGGAAUCACCCAUGGAUGUGGACCAGCCAUCUCCCAGUGCUCAAGAUACUCAGUCCAUUGGCUCAGAUGGAACUCCACAGGGGGAGAAGGAGAAGGAGGAGAGGCCACCUGAGUUACCCCUGCUCAGCGAGCAACUGAGCUUAGAUGAGCUGUGGGACAUGCUGGGAGAGUGCCUAAAGGAACUGGAGGAAUCCCAUGACCAGCAUGCGGUGCUAGUACUACAGCCUGCCGUCGAGGCCUUCUUUCUGGUCCAUGCCACAGAGCGGGAGAGCAAGCCUCCUGUCCGAGACACCCGUGAGAGCCAGCUGGCACACAUCAAGGACGAGCCUCCUCCACUCUCCCCUGCCCCCUUAACCCCAGCCACUCCUUCCUCCCUUGACCCAUUCUUCUCCCGGGAGCCCUCGUCUAUGCACAUCUCAUCAAGCCUGCCCCCUGACACACAGAAGUUUCUUCGCUUUGCAGAGACUCAUCGCACUGUGUUAAACCAGAUCCUACGGCAGUCCACCACCCACCUCGCUGACGGGCCUUUUGCUGUCCUGGUAGACUACAUUCGUGUCCUCGACUUUGAUGUCAAGCGCAAAUAUUUCCGCCAAGAGCUGGAGCGUUUGGACGAGGGGCUCCGGAAAGAAGACAUGGCUGUGCACGUCCGCCGUGACCAUGUGUUUGAAGACUCCUAUCGUGAGCUGCACCGGAAAUCCCCUGAAGAAAUGAAGAAUCGAUUGUAUAUAGUGUUUGAAGGAGAAGAAGGGCAAGAUGCUGGAGGGCUCCUGCGGGAGUGGUAUAUGAUCAUCUCUCGGGAGAUGUUUAACCCUAUGUAUGCCUUGUUCCGUACCUCACCUGGUGAUCGGGUCACAUACACCAUCAAUCCAUCUUCCCACUGCAACCCCAACCACCUUAGCUACUUCAAGUUUGUCGGACGCAUCGUGGCCAAAGCUGUAUAUGACAACCGCCUCCUGGAGUGCUACUUUACUCGGUCCUUCUACAAACACAUCUUGGGCAAGUCUGUCAGAUAUACGGACAUGGAGAGCGAAGAUUACCACUUUUACCAGGGCCUGGUUUAUCUGCUGGAAAAUGAUGUCUCCACACUAGGCUACGACCUCACCUUCAGCACUGAGGUCCAAGAGUUUGGAGUGUGUGAAGUUCGUGACCUCAAACCCAAUGGGGCCAACAUCUUGGUAACAGAGGAGAAUAAGAAGGAGUAUGUACACCUGGUGUGCCAGAUGAGAAUGACAGGAGCCAUCCGCAAACAGCUGGCAGCUUUCUUAGAAGGUUUCUAUGAGAUCAUUCCAAAGCGCCUCAUUUCCAUCUUCACUGAGCAGGAGUUAGAGCUGCUCAUAUCAGGACUGCCCACAAUCGACAUUGACGAUUUGAAAUCCAACACUGAAUACCACAAGUACCAGUCCAACUCUAUUCAGAUCCAGUGGUUCUGGAGAGCAUUGCGUUCCUUCGAUCAAGCUGACCGUGCCAAGUUCCUCCAGUUUGUCACGGGUACUUCCAAGGUGCCCCUGCAAGGUUUUGCUGCCCUUGAAGGCAUGAAUGGCAUUCAGAAGUUUCAGAUCCAUCGAGAUGACAGGUCCACAGACCGCCUGCCUUCAGCUCACACAUGUUUUAAUCAGCUGGACCUGCCUGCCUAUGAGAGCUUUGAGAAGCUCCGCCACAUGCUACUAUUGGCCAUCCAGGAGUGCUCUGAAGGCUUUGGGCUGGCCUAAUAAGGCCCCGCCCACCACUGUGGGGGUUUUCUACCAUUGUUGGACCUGGGAAGGGGGGGAAAUGAAAUAAUGAAAACAAAAAAGAACCAGAAAGAAAAUGUCAAAAACCAAUAAGUGAAAAUCCACCAACUCACCAUGUGUGUGUCCCAGCUGCCCCAUCUUCCCCAGCGCAUACCCGUUCCCCCUUUCCUGCUCAUUCUCUCCCCCCGCUCCCUUUUUCUCACCUCCUCCCCCCGUUCCAUGCCGUCCAGGAUCCCUCACCCAUGUAUUGAAAAGGCAAUAGCCUUUACAGGGACCCGUUUGUCCCAACUGUUUGAACAGUGUGCUCCUCAGAUUCUGUGUUCAGAAGGAUUUGCUGCAUUGAGACUUGAAACCUUUGGAUAGGGGAAAAAAUUAUAUAUAUAUAUAUUUUUUUGUUCUGUUUGCAUUUCUUAAUUUGUGCUUGGAAUGUGUUGAUGUGCACAGCUAAUGAUUCAAUGCGAGACAAGAUUGGCGUCUGUGUUGUGGAGGUUUCAAAUAAAGAGCACUCUUCAUAACUCA